AUGGCCCGCUUUUUACGUGCCCGAAAUCAACGAGCAAACUUGGAACCGGGCAAGGUUAGACCGGAAAUCACUAGUAAUUUCCGACUUACCGGGGAAGCGAAAAUCCUAACGGCUUCCUUGGAAGACGCGGAAGUUCAGAAUUUUGGUGAUCAGAAAGCAAUUCAUGAUGAAGCCCACAUGAAAGAGCAUCUGAAAGAUAAAAUCGGAAUCGAUGCUCCUAUGUCGGAAGAGCAGAAGCGGUUAGUAUUCCUGUAA